GGGAGUGUGUGGACCUGCACACUCAGAGCUGUCAUCUGCUGGAGCUUUAAACUCUGCUGGUUGUGUGGAUUUUCCUCUGACACUUCCUGGACGAGGAGUCAGUCUGUGUGUGUCUGUGUGUGUGUUUGUGUGUGUGUGUGUGUUUCACCUAAAGGCCCCUGUUUUUAGAUCUGAGGGGAAGUUUUUCUGUGUCACGGCUGAGUAUCACAGAGUACCUGAGGUGAGACGCUGCAGUGUUCCUUUGUCCAUGGAGGCUGUUCGGUGGAGGCCGUCCCUCUUGUUCUGAGGUCACAGAUCAUCAUUUCACGAGUGUCCUGACUUCACAACAGUGCAUCAGUCUUCCAUUCAAGGAGCCCAGUGCUGCAGCGAGACAGAAAGGGGGGGAGAAAAAUAAACACAGGUUUAAAAAAGACGUUCUUCAUGAAUCCCCCAAAACCCUGAAAGGCAGACAGUGUGAGUUGGCUGGCGGUCUUAGAGGAGGCAAUGGGGUGGACACUGAGUAUGGCUCGGCUCUGUCUCCCAGCCUACACUGUGCUGCUGGUUGGCUGCUUUCAUACGGCUGUCACAGAAAAUGAUGUCACUCCACGCCUCACCUUCUCCUACAAUGCGAAGGAGAGGACGACCAGAGGCUUCUCAGUCGGCGGGGUCUCCAACUACACCUCCCUCCUCCUCAGUAAAGAAGACAACACGCUGUACGUCGGCGCUCGGGAGAUCCUCUUCUCUCUCAACCUCUCUGAUAUCAGCGCAGUCAAGCUACAAAGAAACCUGACAUGGACAACUCCGGAGAAGAAGAGAGAAGAAUGCGGUUUUAAAGGCAAAGACCUGCAAACGGAUUGUUUCAACUACAUCAAGAUUUUACUCCGUAUGAACAGCACUCAUCUGUACGUGUGUGGGACCUACGCCUUCAGCCCCAUCUGUGCUUACAUAAAUGCCGCCGACUUCUCCCUCGUCAAGACUGACAGCGGUGAGAUCGCUGCAGAGGACGGACGAAGCCGCUGCCCGUUCAACCCUGAAUACAAGUCCACGGCCAUCAUGGCGGAUGGGGAGCUGUAUGCUGGGACAGUCAGUAGUUUCCAAGGAAAUGAACCCAUCAUUUACAAGAGUCUGAGCCAAGGAACAGCACUAAAAACAGAAAACUCCCUCAACUGGCUUCAAGACCCGGCCUUUGUUGGCUCUGCCUUCAUACAGGAGAGUCUCCCCGAGGGCAACCCGGUGGGCGACGAUGACAAGAUUUACUUCUUCUUCAGUGAAGCAGGAAAAGAGUUUGAUUUCUUUGACAACACCAUUGUGUCACGCAUUGCUCGCGUGUGUAAGGGUGACACUGGAGGGGAGAGAGUUCUGCAGAAGAAGUGGACGACUUUCCUCAAGGCUCAGCUCCUCUGUUCUCUGCCCGAUGAUGGAUUCCCCUUCAACAUAAUCCAGGACAUGUUUGUGUUGACGCCCAGCCCAGAUGACUGGAAGAACACUGUGUUUUAUGGAGUCUUCACGUCUCAGUGGUACAAAGGAGCCUCAGGAAGCUCUGCAGUCUGCUCCUUCACCAUGGACCAGGUGGAAAAAGCGUUUAACGGGCGAUACCGAGAGGUCAACAGAGAGACCCAGCAGUGGUACACAUACAACCACCCUGUCCCAGACCCUCGACCUGGAGCGUGUAUCACCAACGCAGCCAGAGAGCAGGGCAUCUCCUCCUCGCUGCACAUGCCGGACAAGGUGUUGAAUUUCGUCAAAGACCACUUCCUGAUGGACAGCGUGAUCCGCAGCCAGCCUCUGCUGCUCAAACGCAACGUCCGCUACACGCAGAUCGCUGUCCAUCGAGUCCUGGUGGCGCACAAGGCAUAUGACGUGCUCUUCAUUGGCACAGAUGAUGGAAGGCUCCACAAAGCCAUUAACGUCAACAACAAGAUGCACAUCAUUGAGGAGAUGGUGCUCUUCCGUGGUUCCCAGCCGGUGCAGCACAUUGAGCUGGAUACUGACAAGGGUCGGCUUUACGUUUCCUCCUUCUCUGAGCUGGUGGAGGUCCCAGUCGCCAACUGCACUAAUUACCAGAGCUGCGGAGAGUGCAUCCUCUCCAGGGAUCCUUACUGUGCCUGGAACGGGAGGCUGUGUCUGGAUGUCAGGCAGGCGUCAGCACGAAGUGUCUGGCAGCAGGAUGUGGAUGAGGCCGACACGUCAGCUAUUUGCAACAAGGCGGUGGCAAGCCCACGUUCUGUAAAACCUCUACCUACGCGAACGCCUUCGUGCCAGGUGAUCAUUAUCCCAGCCAACACAUUCAAAGUACUGCCUUGCAAGCCGCGCUCGAAUCUGGCUGAGCGGAGGUGGGAGUUCAGCGAGAGUGCAGGUCACUUCCAUUACCCCAGCCCAGACGGAGGGCUGGUGGUGGUAGCUCAAGCUGACAGGCAGGAAACCUACGAGUGCUGGUCCGUGGAGGAAAGCUUCAGGCAGCUGCUGGCAAACUACUGUGUGAGGGGCGAGGCCAAGCAGGAGAGCACCACCCUGCACGGCCGACUGCACACGCCGCAGAUCUCCCAGGAGGAGUUCAUCAUCCUGCCGGGGAAGGCCCGCUUGCCGCAGAUGAACACCAAGACCUACUGGAACGAGCUGAUCGUGGUGUGUGCCCUCCUGGUGCUUUCCCUGGUCGUCUUCUUAUUGUUUGUGGUCUACAGGAACCGCAACCACAUGAAGUCCAUGCUCAAGGAGGGAGAGUGCCCCAACAUGCAGCAGAAGAAGCCCAGGAUAGUGGUGAAACCGGCCGAGAACUUGCCGCUCAACGGCAACACGGUCACGGCGUCGGUGUCAGACCACAAGGGCUACCAGACCCUUAAUGACAACUACAUUUGCAGCACUCCGCCGCACGAGUGCUCACCGCCCGACAACAGCAAGAACUACUCCGAGUCGGAGAAGAGGCUCCUGAACUUGAAAGAGAGCCACGUAGAGAUUUCUCCGGCGUGCCCGCGACCCCGAGUCCGACUUGGCUCUGAGAUUAAAGACUCUAUAGUGUGAGGCUUCAGCUUCGUGUUCAUGUGGAGAGACUCAUUUUAAACUGAAAGGAGAGAGUGCACUUGCUGAGAAAGACAAAACCCUACAAGAGGGGAAACAGACUCUUCAUGUAGAAAACACAUUUCAUUACACAGAUUUUGCACUUUGUCUUUUUUUCUUUUUGUUCUGUCCCUGUGGCCCAUGUACAUUUUAUUGUAUUUUCGUCUCACAUGUAUUUUCAAGCGCAUUCAUAAGCGCACUGAAGAAGUUCCAGUUUGCCUUCAGACUUUUGAUGCUUUCACAUACGGCUCGACGAGAAUGUACCGAGCGGAGCUGGAGCGUCACAACCACGAUUCAGAGACUGAACUUCUUAGCAUUGCCCUUCCAGUCCGUCCAUGAAAACUAGAGGUGAUGCUUCGAAGGGCGGAGUGAUGUUCCGACGUGCUCCCGCUAACAGCUGAUAGUGUUUUCUGAUUUUCAUUCUGUCAUCUGGUUAGAGCCGACCCCCUGCUGAGGCUAUGCACUAUGUUCUGUACGGUAGCAUGUUGAACACCAGUAUACACAGUCAAACAAGUCAGCGACUGGCAAGAAAGAAACAUAGGUGUCCUGUGAAAAAGUCUCCAUUAGCCCGUGUGUGUUCAUCAUAGACUGUGCAUAAAGUUGGACGACGUGUCUGGACUUCCUUCCGUUGUGAGGAGUCUGUCCAGCAGUGAUCGUGGUGUGGAGCCACGUUAUCGAGGUCCCUGCCGAUACAUGCACUUGAAGUAAUUAAGACCAAACUUACCGGAAAACAUCGAGCACUUGAGCAAACAUCAGUGUGAUGAGAACUACCUAAAAUGACAUCAACCAUCUUUGAGAAGAAAAACAUUUUUCAUCUGUAUUUUGACUUUUCGGUGGCUUUUUUAAUUAACAUGGAUUAGGCCCAUUUAUCAACCUAUACUGUAGCCAGCCACCAGGGGGCUGUCAUGACACCCAUCUGUAUAUACAGGCUGUGGUCUGAUCCAUAGAUUGUAUAUAAAGAUGAACGAGACAUCUCCACUUCCUCCCACCAUUCAGAAAUGAAGCCAAAAAAUCCCAGAUAUGAAAGAGGCCAUCUUGAUUAUUUGGAGCUAGAGUCUGAGCAGUAGCAGAGUCCCAAACACAUGCUCAACCAAUUAUAAAUCAUUAUUCAUAAUUACCCCAUUUCAUAGCGUCAAAUAACAUUGAACCAAACCUACUGGAAAAAUUAGCACUUGAACAAAGAGGACGAUGGUUUACGACCUAUACUGCAACCAGCCACCAGGGGGAGAUCGAGAGGAUGUGGCUUCACUUUUGAGAAGAAGUCAUGUCGUCCAUCUUUAUGUAACAGUCUACGUUUCAGACACGUGUAUUCAUUGUUUUGGCUGAAAUAUAACAACAAGAAAAAAGAAGAGUUGUCAUGAAAAUUCAAGAAUGAGACCAAUAGUUUUAAAGUGAAAGAAUCCCCUCAGUGGAAAUGUAGAAACCCUCAUCAUCACACACCAUAAAAUAUCCUAAAUGACACAAAUGGACUUUUAAAAGUAAUGGUAUGACUAGUGGAUACAAAUAUCCCUCGGUGGAAAACUGACUGCCAACAGGGUUUCCCUUUACCAAAUGUGAUAAAGGGAAAACGAAACGCUCAUUCCAGGUAUUAUCAUGUUAGGCCGUCUAUGCAAAGCAAAUAAUGUGAAGUGGGGUAAACACAGAAAAAAAACUCACCUCCAGACUGAGUAAGCACAAAAGGUGUUGGCACUGUUAACGACUGUUGGAUCUGUGGCACUGCGAACACACCCCCCGACACGCACUCACACUCAUUACACUGACUGUAAGUAAGCAAGAGCUUUUAGCCUUUUUUGGUGCAUUUCAGGAAGAAGAUAAUGAAACUUAGAAAGCCUGUCAUCACACGAAAAUAAGAUACAAGACAAGGCUCCGGUACAGGAAAGUAAAUCUGUGACUGUUGAUGAUUAUAAAUAUUUAUUAUGACUUUAUGAAGCCAAAUGUUUCAUUUACAGAGAGAUAUUUAUUCAUCACAGUCGGUGUCUUGAAUAUCUGUCACUAUUCUCCAAGAUAUUAUUGAAUAUUUAAAUACUACACAUAUACUUAAUCUGAGUUAGAAAACACACAUCUGUAUAGCCUCAACUUUGAUAUACAUAUUAACUUACCUGAGUGUUGAUGAAUGGAGGGAAAAACCCUCUGCCUCUGCUUGCUUGCUUCAAUGGUUUUAAAGGCAACCAUAAAAGCAAUAACCUUCAUUCACAUCGAGUAACAAACAUAAGGAUUGUGUAUUUUAAUAUUCCAUCUCCAUAUUCAUAAACCAAGAUUUCCCAAACCAUGUAACCCACCAAAAUUAUGGGUUGGUUCUGACAGCAUUUUCGUCAAACAAUUUUAAAGUCUUACUUGAGUUUGGCUCUUGGAUUGUAACAACAACUUAAAUUUCACUAAAAACACAGCAUCCAGCUCGACUCAGAAUGCAUAGGAUUUGCACAUGAUGUUGAAAAAGCCUUAGUACAAUGCAGGUUAUUAUGGGUUUGAUAACAAAUCUGCCUUUGGGGAAAACAGAUAAUGCCUUCUGAAACCAUAAACAAGAGACGUGCCUCUUGGUGUAAUAAUCUAAGCAGGUAGUAGAGCUGUAGGUGUGAGAGGACGGGCCAUGCUCAGAAACAUGAACAUGUGUAAUUUGAUACUGUCCACAUUGUACAGUAUUGUACAGUAUGAGGUGUUUAUUUAUUUUGUUUAAAUGGUGGCUUCGACCUUAGUCAGGGACUAAAAUUCAUUCUUAAAUUGUAGCACAUAAAUAACCACUGGCUGAUUUGAAAUACUGAAUCAUAGAUAGUAUUAUGUUGCGUUUGUCUAUAAGCAAUCGUGCAGUAUGAAAGAUUGAUGCUCUGACUGUUAUUGAAAAACACAAACCAACGGCAGCUUUGGGUGAAGCAGCUGUCAUCAGAACUAUAUGGUAAAGUUGCAAUGUGAAAUAUGUGCAGGUACCGAACACAAGCCACAGUGAAAGUAUCCUCGUCUCGCUCUCUCUUACUGAACCACUACAGUCAGGCCUUCUGUCGCGGAAACUCUGGUCGACAUGUAUUGUAUAUAAAAAAAAAGACACACGUGAAAAAAGACGUUUUUAUGUAAAACAGUUUUGUAAAUUCAGCUGCCAAUGUAAAUAAAUGUAUUGUGAAUUGUAUUUUAUUUUGUACGAUACAUCACUACUGUUUUUCCUUUUGUUUUCUUUUUGUACUGUAUAUA